AUGAUGAUGAUCUCAGGAGCUGCACUGUUCUGCACUGCACUCCUACUGAUAUCCACCGUCUCAGCUAAUGACGCAGUCACCGACUGUGACGCGUGCAGCAUGAACGCUACAUGUCAGAGCUCUCAGGGAGACGAAAACAUGAACCCAACAUGCAGCUGCAAGGCUGGCUUUGUGGGAGAUGGUCUUUCCUGCUACAACAGCAUGGCCUGUGCCAGUGGAGUCUGCUGCGCCUCCGGCUACCGCUGGUCCUCGGCGGAAGGCUGCGUGGACAUCGACGAGUGCGCUUCCUCUGAGGAAAACUGCCUCUCCCAUCUGGUCUGCGAGAAUACGCGCGGGUCUUUCGACUGCCAGACGCCCCCUGAACCCACCAGGGCCCCAGGAGCCCACCACAUUGCGAAGCGCAGUGUCAGCCCAAACUCCGUACUGUUCCGGUGCGGGGCUGUGAUGUGCGCUGCAGGACACGAUUGUUACACUGUUAAUGGCGUCGAGCAGUGCAGGGACCCGUGCACUUUCAACUCUCGCCUGGAUGAUCCAUGGCGUUCCACCAGCAACACUGGUCAAAACCCCUUGAAGUGUGAUAAUACUGUUGACUGGCAAGGCUGGUACCGUCUGUUCCUGGGGGCGGAUAGUGUGCAGAUGCCAGAGAACUGUGUUCCAGUGAGAAGAUGUGGGACCCACGCCCCACUCUGGCUCCCAGACGGCCACCCAAAACCAUCGGAUGGAAUCGUCUUGAGCCGCGUCUGUGGGCACUGGUCUUCGGACUGUUGUAACUUUGAAUCUAAUCCCAUCCACAUCAAGGCCUGUCCUAGAAAUUACUUUGUCUACAAGUUUGUCAACCCAUCUGCCUGUCAUUUGGGCUAUUGUGCAGAUGUCAACACCGCAGUGUGCGGGUCCUGCAGACAAGAUGAAUUGUGUGUGAGUGAGGACAAAGUCAACUGGCGGUGUGAGAGUCAAGGUAGGGGCCCCAGAGCUGGUGGACAGGUGUUGGGAGCCCCAGAGCUGGUGUGUGGGAGUAGCUUCAUCCAGGUGGGGUUAGACAGCUCUGUCCUGGCGGGCAAAGGUCUGAAUGCAUCAUCCGCUCACCUGGCCAACUUCCGCUGCAAGGCACUCAAUGAGACAAAAGGCGUGGUGUGGUUUCGGAUAGAGCGCAAGAGGGAGAGCUGUGGGACCCAGCUGAGGACAAAUAUCACCCAUGCCACUUAUUCCAACACUUUAUUUGUUUACCCUGUUACCAUUGGAAAUAUAACCUUCUCCAUUCCGGAGAAAAUCCCGUUCUCCUGCGUGUAUCCUCUGCACACUGAAACCAGCCUGGAUGUGGCCAUCAGACCUCAACUGUCGCUGGAGGGAGCAGUGGUGCGGGCAGGCUCCAGGCCCAAUGCGGUCAUGUCUCUCUACCGCAACGCCGACUACACAGACCCCUACUCCUCGGGCCGGGUGCUCCUGCCCCUAGGCUCCGCCCUGUAUGUGGGCGUGUCUGCAGAGGAAGCAGCUUCAGACAGGUUUGCUGUCAUUCUGGAGAGCUGCUACGCCACACCCACUGCUGACUCGGAUGGCCCCUCGCGCUUCUCCCUGAUCCAGAACAGGUGUCCUAGCAACCGUCGCUUGGUGAGGGUAGAACAGAGUGGGCCCCUUCUCCCCGGCCGUUUCACCGCCUUGAUGACCUUAUUCUCCACUGACUACGGCACCAUCUUCCUGCACUGCAGUCUGAGCAUGUGCGACCCAAGACAGCCCACUUGCACCCAGAAAUGCAAGUCCAGGGUGUCCCGGUCUGUCUCCCUUAAGAAAUCCGUGACCUUUGGACCCAUCACCUGGCAUGCGGGGAACGAAAAGAAGAAGCUAGAAAUGAUUUGA